UCGUUGUGAACGUUGCAGGGCUGGCGAGGAAGCGUUAGUGUGCAGGGUGGUAUAGCAGCAGUGUUGACAGUAAUCGCAAUCGCAGGCGAGGGCGUGAGGGCGGCUGACACUGACAGCCCCGGGCCCCCAAUACUAAGAUGCCUGACCGGUGCUGUCUCUCUUUGUCCCUCGCUCUCAUUCUCGCUUUCGAUUGGCUCGCUUUGCUUAGCUCGCGCAUCCACGACGCCCCAACGCACCCCCUGCCGCGAUACCGCAUCGCCGGUGUCCCAAACCACAUCUCCGCGUCGCGCAAGCGGCGUCGGGCCCUGCAGCCGGUCCAGGAGCCCCAGCCCAAGAAGGCCAGGACCGCUCAUCCCGUGAACCCCAAUAAUGAACCGCGGGACGAGAAUUCCGCUGGGGCGGCCGCCACAACCGCCGUCGGGCAGGGUUCUCACGCGAUGGCUCCCGCUAGCAGGGCUCCUCUGGCUCCUGUCGCGAAUCAGAACGCGCCUGCCCCUGGCAAGUCUGCUCAGUCUGUGCGACUUGGUACCUCGGCUGGCCCCGCUGCGCGUCCGACGGAGUUUGGGUUUAUUUCUGGCGGCUGUGGAACGACUGUCGCGACUGGCAUGGCAGCUCCGGGUAUCAUCGUCAAGGCCGAGGCACAGGACGACCGAGCCAUGCUAAACGUGUCCUUCAAUACUACCCCGGACGGCGCCGAUAUGAAGGUCAAGGCCGAACCGAAAGUCGAGCUCGCCCUGCAGCGCGGUGCCGAGGACAAGAUGGAGGCUCUGCGCCGCGAGAUAUUGAAGACGUACGACGCCGACGUGCAGUCCCUCGCAGACAACGCUCGCCUCCGCGAGGCGAUCGCGCAGAUCCAGAAGCGCGUCGACCGCUGCGCGCGGGAGAGCCUGAGGACCGCCGCGCCGAGCAGUGUAGGCGGUCGUGGCAGGAGUUCCAGGUGAAGCUGGGCAGGGGGCGGCGGGGGUAGGGUCCGAUCCUGGGUCGAUGUUCUUGUGCGAACGUGGGUGUGCUGGGGUUGUUUGGUUGUUGUUCGUGGUGCGGCGUGUAGUGAUAAUGGAUCUGCGUUAUCCGGCCUGGAGAGC